AUGAGUAAAGAUAAUUGUAGCAAUAAUACGAAUAGCAAAAUGAUAUCAUUAUCAUAUUAGAAUAAGAAAUAGUCUUAUUACAAUAAUAAAAUAAAGAAUAGAAUUUCAGUAUACAGUAAAAUGAUUGGAGGGAAUAAAUUUAUAUAUAAAAGUAAAAUAAGUAUUUAUAUAACAAAAAAGAAUUAGGAAUAAAUUAAAAUAAUGGGAGAUGUAAAUAAAUAAUUUGAAUAGGAAAGUAAAAAAUUAAUUGAAUUGUUAUAAUAGAAAUGGAGAGAUGAAGUAAUCUUAUUCAAAUAAAUUGAAUUUAGAAAUUAAAUAUUAAGUAUAGAUAAUUAAUGA